CCUACUGGUCCCGGACCCAGUGGAUCCCGCUGACUCUUGGACACCGCCUGGGAGGAAAAUGCUCCCUGUCCGCCACCACUCUGGUGGCCACCUCCUCUUUCUGCUCCUGCUCCUGCUCCCCUCAACGGCCCCCGCCCGCGCACCAGCACCCUCGGACCCCGCCUCCGCCCUGCUCCAGGCUCUAGGGCUGCACGAAGCGCCCCGGGGCGUCCCCACGCUCCGGCCUGUGCCUCCUGUCAUGUGGCGCCUGUUCCGUCGCCGCGACCCCCAAGAGGCCAGAGCGGGGUACCCUCUGCAACCGUGCCACGUGGAGGAACUUGGGGUCGCCGGAAACAUCGUGCGCCACAUCCCGGACAGCGGUUUGUUGUCCAGGCCCCUAGAGCCCGCCAGGACCUCGGGACUGUGCCCCAAGUGGACCGUCGCCUUCGACCUGUCUGGCGUGGAGCCUGCGGAGCGCCCGACACAUGCGCGUCUGGAGUUGCGGCUGGAGGCUGCGAACGAGGACAUGCACGGGUGGGAGCUAAGCGUGGCACUGUUGGCAGAGGCCGAGCGUCCCGGGCCCGAGCUGUUGCGUGUGCCUGUGCCACCCGGGCUGCCACUACGCGCCGACCUCCUGGGGGCCGCGGUAGCCGCCAACGCGUCGGUGCCACGCACCCUGCGCCUGGCGCUGGCGCUGCACCGCGGAGCCGCCACCGCCUGCGCGCGUCUGGCCGAGGCCUCGCUGCUGCUGGUGACGCUGGACCCGCGCCUGUGUCCCCCGCCACGGUCGCGGCGCCACACAGAGCCGGGGGUGGGCGGUGGUCCGGGGGGCACGUGUCGCGCGCGACGGUUGCACGUGAGCUUCCGCGAGGUGGGCUGGCAUCGUUGGGUGAUCGCCCCGCGUGGCUUCCUGGCCAACUUCUGCCAGGGCGCGUGCACGCUGCCCGAAGCGCUGCCAGGACCCGGCGGGCCACCUGCACUCAACCAUGCCGUCCUGCGAGCGCUUAUGCACGCGGCCGCCCCGACUCCGGGCGCAGGCCCGCCCUGCUGUGUGCCCGCGCGCCUGUCACCCAUCUCCGUGCUCUUCUUCGACAACAGUGAUAAUGUGGUGCUGCGACACUACGAGGACAUGGUGGUGGAUGAGUGUGGCUGCCGCUGACCACCCGGGACACCCUUGCAGGGACAGCCCCACGCGAAAGCAAGGACCAUUUGUUCAUGUUUUAUUGGUGACAAAAAGCUUAAAACAAAUUUGAC